AUGGGUCGGCGUAGACGUAAAAAUGCAAAGAAACAAGCAUUAUGUAGUGUAUGUCAAAAUUCUUGUGUGUCUUCAUCAUCGUUUCUUACUCGCUGUUCUACAUGCACGACUAUGUCUCGACAUACUCUAUGUGAUGGAUGUUUUUAUAAACACAUAUUUACCACGAUUUCAAAUGAUAUUACUAGUCGAGUGAUCUGUCCAGAACCAAUGUGUGAUACUGAAUUAAGUAAAGAAAUCAUUCAGUCAGCAUUUCAUGCUUUUGGUAAUCAACCUUUAUGGGAAGAUUAUGUAUCGAGAUCUAAUUGGCAUGGAAAAAGUAACCAAUGGAUUAAAAAUUUUUCUGUAAGAUGUCCUGAUUGUCGGGUACCUAUUGAAAAAAAUGGUGGUUGUGAUCGUAUGACUUGUACACAAUGUUUAUUAUGUUUCAGUUGGGAACGAGCAAAAUUUUCUAAGAAUCCAUUCGUUGGGAAUCCUUUCGGUGGCGGUUUUGCGUCUCAAUUUCCGGGACCUUUUUCUCAACAAGGUUUUGGUCAAUUCGGUGGCAAUGGAAGAUUUUUCAAUGGUAGUAUGCCAUUUUCAGGUGGAAACAUGUUUUCACAUGGCUCGACAUUUUCUCCUCCUGCAAAUUUUACGUUUUCACCAGGUUUUCCACAAGCAUCACGUUUUCCAACAAUGCAAGGUUUUCCACAAUUAUCAGGUUUCCCGCAAGCACAAGGUUUUCCACCACCACAAGGUUUUCCUCCAUCAUCAGGCUUUCCUUCACCACCUGUACCUGGUUUUUCUCCAGAUUUGAAUGGUUUUGGUUUUCAAAAUCCUCCACAAGCAGUAACAUUUCUUCCAGGACAACAACCUCCUCCUCCUCCUUUAGCUAAUACAAAUUAUUUUGCUAAUGGACCAUAUGCUCAACCACAAUCACGUCAGUCAAGUCGACAUCGAUCUUCAUCACGUCGACAUUCGUCAUCACGUCAUCGAUCUACAUCAAGUCAUCGUCGUCGUCAUCGUCGUCGUCGUCGAUCUAGAUCUACUUCUAGCUCUAUUUCUAGCUUAUCAUCAGACAGCAGUUAUGAUCCUCCUCUUCCUUCUAAUCCAAUGCCACCUUUUGCAAGUCUAUAUGCUAAUCCUCAUCAAUAUCCAACUAUACCUCCUCCACCUAUAGAGCCACGAACCGGUACACCUAUUAUGCCUCCAGCACCAAUAUGGUAA